AUCAAAAUAUUCCGCAAGUAGCCACGAGCUAUAUGACCAGCGCGUGGGAUUACAUGAAUAAACCUGAAACAGAGAUGAGACGAUGAAUGAGCGAAGAGGCCCCCAUAAAAUAGGCGAACCAGGAUGAGCUCAUCGCCGUUCAAUUCUCUCAGCCACGCCGGCGACAGAACACGAUAAAGUCGCGCGUGCAAUUUUAGUCGAGGCAUGAAAAAGCCUCAUCUUAGUUGACUGGAAUUAAAGAGUGAGGUCAUAGUUACCUGUCUUCUACACAAAGAAGCAUAAAUGGAGGGACGCCCUACUUUAUUCAUUCAGAGGGUGGGGCCUAGGCAACUCAGUAACUUUGGGGGUCUCUCAUCUUCUUCUUUACCAGUCCUUCCAACAACUCUUGAAGGGAAAUUCCCCAAGUUUCCAGAAACACAUGUUGCUCCCCUGUCAUCAAACAGUGCCAUUGCCCCUCUUAUGUUUUCUUCGGCAUCUGGAUAUUCAAGUGAUCUUCAUUAUUCAUCGUCUUCAUCCUUAGUCAACUCCAAACAACUUCAUUUUAUUCCUCAGUCAACAACAAAUAACGAGACACCGGAAAUGUUGUUUCCGGGAUCUGGAGCUCUUCAAUCCACAGCAUCAAGUGGUUUUGCUAAGGAAAAUGUUGUCCCUUGGUCUACUGAUCCAUUGGUUGAGCUUCUAUACUACCCAACAGCAACAACUGCCUGUAUGGAAAGUAAUCAGCAACUAGCCUGCAGUGAUGAUGCUGAUUGUGCCAUUAUUACUUCUGAGGAUAUUGUUAAAAGAAACGAUUGGCAGGAGUGGGCUGAUCAGCUUAUUUCUGAUGAUGGUGCUCUCACUUCUGAUUGGAAUGAUAUGAUUGCCCAUACAAGUACUCCUGAUGCAGAUACAAAUGUGUCAAAACAAUCUUCAAAUUUACAAACCAAUCAAACAAAUAUAUCCAAGCAACUCGCUGUUAUUCCUGGAGAAACUUCGGCUGUUGUGUGCGUACAAUCCCCUACAAGUGGCGCUCCUACGAAGCAGCGCAUGCGUUGGACACCAGAACUUCAUGAAGCAUUUGUGGAAGCUGUUAACAAGCUUGGUGGAAGUGAAAGAGCUACUCCCAAGGGUGUGCUAAAAUUAAUGAAAGUUGAAAACUUGACCAUCUAUCAUGUUAAAAGCCACUUGCAGAAAUAUCGCACGGCACGCUAUAAACCUGAAUCAUCAGAAGCGUCUUUGGAGAAGAAACAGCAUGGUAUUGAUGAUUUUCCAUCUCUGGACUUGAAAGCGGGUAUUGAGAUCACUGAAGCGCUAAGGUUACAAAUGGAAGUGCAAAAGCGGCUCCAUGAGCAACUUGAAAUUCAACGGAAUCUACAGCUGAGGAUUGAAGAACAAGGGAGAUAUCUGCAGAUGAUGUUUGAGAAGCAGUGCAAGUCAAUGCCAAAUGUUGAUACAGUAAAAAAGGGAUCACCAUUAUCCACGAGUGACAAUAACCCCUCAGCCCUGCAGUUGACGGAUGGAGGUCACCCCUCCCCUGCAGAUGACUUGGCCAAUGCACCCUUGACUGAAUCUCCUCCUCGGGCAAGUGGAGAAAAACAACAAAAAGAUUGUGAAACGACUCUAGUAGUAGUAACUCCUGACUCAUCGUCGGACUCACCAGCAUCGAAACGUGCUAGGGUAGUAGCAACUCAAUAAAGUCUCAUUUAUUAGUUCUUGAUAUUGUCUCUGUAUUAUCAUUCAAUGAUCCUGGAAAACAUCAAAAGCUUUGUGAUAGUGGCAAGUCAAGGUUGUUAAUUUCUCUUUUGCUUUUAGUUAUCCUCUCUCUACUGGGGGAAGUGACUCCAAGGAGAGAAACAAGGAAAUUCAGUUGAAAGAUUUU